GCCGCCGCUCCCACCCGGCGCUGCGGUGGCGACGGCUGCGCGCCUCUGCAUGGCCCCGGCUCUGGAUAUGACCACCGCGCCCACCGGCGUCCGCAGCGAAGAGCUGCCCGCAUCCGCCUUCAGCAAGCCCGGCGGCGGCGGCAUCCCUGUCGCGGCGGCGAUGGGCGGGGAGGAGGAAAGCGACAAGCCCAAGGUUUCCCCGUCCCUCCUGCCGUUCAGCGUGGAGGCGCUCAUGGCCGACCACAGGAAGCCAGGCGGCAGGGAGGGCCCCGAGGGCGCCGGGCCUCCGCAGGGCGUAGGGGCGGCCGCCCGCGCCAGCCUCAGUCCCCGCCUGGGCGCCCUGACGGCGGAGGCUCCAGCCUCUCCGCUGCCCCUCGGCGGCCACUUCUCCGUCGGGGGGCUCGUCAAGCUGCCUGAAGACACCCUUGUCAAGGCGGAAAGCCCCGAGAAGCAGGAGCGGAGCCCUUGGAUGCAGAACCCACGGUUCUCGCCGCCUCCCCCAAGGCGGCUGAGCCCCCCCGCCUGCACCCUGCGCAAGCACAAGACCAACAGGAAGCCGCGGACGCCCUUCACCACGGCGCAGCUGCUGGCCCUCGAGAGGAAAUUUCGGCAGAAGCAGUACCUGUCCAUCGCCGAGCGCGCGGAGUUCUCCAGCUCGCUCAGCCUCACCGAGACCCAGGUGAAGAUCUGGUUCCAGAACCGCCGCGCCAAGGCCAAGCGGCUGCAGGAGGCCGAGCUGGAGAAGCUGAAGAUGGCAGCCAAGCCCAUGCUCCCACCCGCUGCUUUCGGCAUCUCCUUCCCGCUGGGCGGCCCGGCUGUGGCCGGUGCCUCUCUGUAUGGCGCUUCCAGCCCUUUCCAGCGGGCAGGACUGCCCGUGGCUCCCGUGGGACUGUACACUGCGCACGUGGGAUACAGCAUGUACCACCUCACAUAGAGCUGAGCCUUGCUGAGCCCAGCACGCUGACUGCCUGCUCCUGCCGGCUCCCCACGCACUCCCUUCCUGCUCUUCCGGCUCCUCACUGUGGACUUAACAUGGGCCCUGUUGCAGAGACUGCUUCCUUCCCCCUGUGAUGUUGGCCCCUGGUCCAGUGCCGUUCCACUUUCUUCCUCGGCAGUCCUGGGAGCUGCUCAGCUCUGCAGCCGGCAGAAACCUGAGGCAUGGCCCCAGUUGCUCCCCGAGGGUGGCGAUGGGCCAGCCCUGCCCCGUGUCGGGCUGGCAGCCCUGGGAGAGACCCUGCUGUGGGUGAAGGAACUGCGGAAGAGAAAAGGCAAAAAAGGGGGUGAAAGGCAGG